UGUUUGUUUCACACCUGAACGGCUGUCGCCGCCGCCCACCUUCGCCGGCUGCUCUUCACACUCUCAUAGAUGGUGCAGCGCUGACAUGACCUCCGACAGGCCUGACGCUGCUCAGGAACUCGAAUAUCCGCCCAUUCGGGUCGACCGGUCGCUAGCCCAGCUCGACCUCAACACGCUGAUCAUGCAUUCGAACGCACACUCCGCCCAAGAUGCGACCUCUCUCGAGGACAGCACGUACGAGGUGCUGGACCGCCCAGGCUACCUUUCCGACGACGAUGGUCAUACGGCAUCGGUCGCCUCGACUUCCCCCGAUGACAUAUCUGUGACACUCUCCGAGACUGAGAGCGAGGGCGAAGACGACUUCGCCGACUACCACAACGGCGAGGCUUCCCAGCUCGCUGAGUCUACCGGACCCGAUCCUCUCGACACCGAGGUCAUAGCCGCCGGCGAGGACAGCACCCUCACUGAGCGGCCCGGUCUGGGCGACAGUGAGGGCUCCUUCCACUUCAGCCUGGACGAGCGGCCUCUGAAAGGUCUUGCUUUGACCGAGGGCUACAGUGUCGUCAAGGAGUUCACUCCGGAGCAGAGUACCUCCAAGGUGCUAGAGCCGUACGGCUGCACCGACAUUCGCCUCUCCGUUGCUAUCUUCCUCGCCAAUCGUUUCUAUCCCGAACGUGGUUCUUUCAGGGUCUUGUUCGUCGGCCAACUGGACACCUGGAGUGAAGAAGGUAUCAAGACUAGCAUUCUCAAUGCUCUCCUCGCCUCGCCCGGUUCCUCUAAGUCCAUCAUGGUGCGCGGCCAAGUGGAACCAUACAGCCCAGUUCUACACGCAGCUCAUUGCACAGGCGUUGAAGUGCAGUCCAAGACAGGCAUACCCAAGCGUACCAUCUUCAAGCUUGAAAGCAGUGAUGGAGCGGACCUUGUAGUCAGCCACGGCCGCAAGAAUGACACCCUGCCCGACUUGGCCAUCUUCUGUUAUCCUCAGACAAGCUCCGCGCCCCUGACCGAAGCACAGUACCUCGACGCUCGCCUCGCUUGCAGGGAGAGCGGCAUUCCUACUCUAGAUAUCACUGACCAUCGAAGGUUCAACGAGGAGCACCCAGGAUUCAAGAGGAAUACAGAAAAUGUGGCCUUGCGAGUGUGUGUGGAGGGCAAGACCGACUCAGACUUCAGGCAAAUCGACUGGCUCCCAGUAGAUGUCUACACAUUUAUGCACCUGGAGCCCUCGGACCUCAACCGUCAUCUUGCCGCUAUCAGUCCUGGUUCACAGGACCCACGACAGACUACCCGUCGCCGCGAGGUCAGUUUGUGGAAUCCUGCGAGCCUGAUUCCGGGCUUCGUCCGGCAAGGAUUCAAGUCUUUGAUGUCUGCCGAUGCUCCCUUGAAGCUGGGCCUGCUUCUGUUUGCCUUGACUGGAUUGAUCACAGCUGCUUAUCUCGGAGUGUCGAUCCCGCAGCUCAAGAAUAGUUUGACUACACCCGCAGUCGCGCAGCCGCCACUCACUUCAGUCCGUACUACGAUAACCCGCUACGAGGUAGAAACUCCCACCUUGCAAAUAAGCACACCGAUCAUAUCUGCUCUUUCAGUCAAGGACAAGGUCGACGACUUCUUCGCUAAACAACGCGAUACCAUUCAGCUUCAAAAGGAGAAGGCUAUCCAGGAUGCGCGAAAGAGGGCGGACAAGGAUGAGCACACGAAGGCAGCUGCAAAGGCGCGGGAGAAGCUAGAGAAGAAGAGAGAUGAGUUGCGUCGAAGAGAGACAGCCGCAAAGACUGCCAAGAUUGGUGGCUUUGAGAUCCAGACGAGUGGUGACCAACAAUUCAUCCUUCGUCCAUCCAAAGGAUUUACCGGGCGGACACGGAAGCCUCAGCUGCAGAUCCAGGUGUCGCGGGAUGCAAAGAAUGUCCCUAUCCGCUACGAGCGCACGAUGGACGGCGUCUACAUUGUGGAUCUAGAGGAUCAAUACCCAAUCGGUCCCUUUAACGUUAGCAUAGCGACUCACUCCAAACCGCUGAUGCAACAGUCCUUCAACAUCAGGUUGGGCCACCAGAAGUCCCGCUUAGAGCAGUGGUGGAGCAGCCUUCAGCGUGAAAGCGUCAAGGCUCAGGACGUUCUCCUCGGUGUUUCUUCUAACGUCAUAGAACAACUUGAAGCGGCUUGUGCUCGCAUAGCAGAGCAGACGCAUGGGUUUAAAGAGAAGGUCGAACGGUCUGAAAACGAUGUGGUGAAACGAGUACGAGAGGCCACACAGCAGGUUGACCGUCGACUGCACGAGGUUGGUGAUGAAGUAUGGCUGAGCCUCCGCCAGACUACAGCACCUGUUCGCACAUCUCGUCGCACUCUGUGGGCGAGGAACAAUGCAUAUAUCUGGCGAUGUGGCUUCGAGCGGAUGGUCGGCCUGUCCAGUCGGGACAAAGACGGUAAGAAGACGCGAUCAUGCGAGGCGGCUGACUGGUGAAGGAAGGAGUGAGGGCACUUGUCCUAGAUAUAUUGGCGUUCCCGGUUUCUUUUUCACAUAGGGUGGUGUUUGGCGUUAGGCCCUUGGGGGUAAGACCACAGAUGCAUGAUAUACCAGAGUUCACGGGACCACGAGGAAGGCGCAGGAAUGGUUAUUGGUGUUUCCGCUUGGUGAUCUGGGUUGGAUUUGACUCGGCGCUCAGAGCCCGUACUUUAACUUUCCAAUGAGAG